GAUUUCUUCUUCUUUUCUGUUCUUCGAUAUUGUUGCUUGUUAAAGAAUAUGGUAACGAACAAUAAUCAGCUUGGAGAUAAAAGGAGACAAAAGAAUCUGUUGUCUUUUUUGACAAGCAGUAAAUCUAAUUUCUUUAGUAACAAUAAUAAUAAUAACAGAAAAGCUAUGAUCACCAAGGGAAUAUUUGGUGCACCUUUAAAAUCAGCCUCAAUGUGUGGCUCAUGUAAUCAAUACGGCUUGAUCGUACCUGAUCCUGUGUAUAGGUGCUUUGAAGAAAUUAUGAGCAGAGGUCUGUUCACCGAGGGCAUCUUUAGGCUAUCGGGUGCGGCUCCCGAUGUAGAGCAGCUGCAGUAUGAUUUUGACAGGCCACCUACUUAUGGAAAAUACUUGGACUUAAAAGAUAAAGAUAUUCAUGCAAUCACUGGUGUUGUUAAGAAAUAUCUUCGACAAUUGCCUGAUCCUCCUAUUCCAGUAUCAAGUCAUGAGAGAUUUAUUCAAUUCUUUGACGAGUCGUACUCUCAUAAUGCAACAAUUAAGGCAUUUGCUGCCAUGAUUCAACAGUUACCUAGAGAGCAUUUUCAUCUUGUUCACUAUAUUAUUAUUUUGACAUCGUCUAUAAGAAAACACUCAAAUAUCAACAUGAUGAACCCAGAAGCACUGGCUAUCGUUUUAGCACCUGUCUGUACUGGACUCGAACUCAACCUGAAGGAAAUACCUUCAUGGGUAAAACGUCAUACGAAAAUGGAGGAUAUGAGUCAUUUUAUCGAAAUGAAUACCAAAUGGACACGCAUUUGGACAUUGUUGAUUGAAUAUAGCGACACAUUACUUGAUCUCUGGAAGAACGCAAUAUGGCAGAUACCUCAAUCUAUGGGUAGAAACACCUUGCCAUGCCGCCCUAUGCAUAAUAAACCAGUGCAUCAAAACAGUUUGCCUGUCUUCCAGGAACAUGAAACACUAUUGGAAAUCACACCAUUUAAGCCACCUGCAAGACGUGCAAAUAGUACGAGUAACGAAGAAAUAUACAAGGUUGUUGUGAUGAGACCAAGGUAUAGCUCAAGGAAGUCAUUACCGACCAUUACACGAUCCUCGCUCACACUGGAUGAUGAGGAGGAAGAAGAAGAAGAAAGUAAUGAUAGUGAGUCCUUUUAUUCUUUAUUUUCAAGGUCUUCAGUUAGUGUAAGCCACUGAAUUAUAGAUACCCUUAUUAUUUAUUCUUCCCUUAAUAAACUUUUUGUUUUUACGUGUAUAUUUUGUCAUUCUAUAUUUAUAAGCCCAAACAUGUUUUUUACGUC